AUGAUUCAUGGCUUUGACAGGAUAGGUAGAAACUUUGAUGAAGAGGGGCGGAUGGCAGACUGGUGGAGCCUCCCGGCUCUCCUUAGGUUUAUCAGGAAAUCAACAUGCUUCACUAACCAAUACAGCUCCGUCUUCAGUGAAUUGGCUAACACAACGCUGAACGGCGUGAAUACAUUGGGUGAAAAUAUGGCGGACAACGGGGGACUUCGAAUGGCAUUCAGGACUCUUGACCAGCAACUGAAGGCUUUCGAUACGCCAGACGUGCGCCUUCCGGGACUGGAACAGUACUCUGCGAAGCACCUGUUUUUCCUUUCCACUGCAUUCGUAAGCUUCCAUAUUUCAUCUCUGGUUAACGAAGCAACCAAAUUCAUGAGCGUGAAAAAGAAACGGAACUACGCCGCGCUCGAGUCCCGCACUACAUUGGUGACCCGGACGUUAGACGAGGCCUUUGAGGCCACCUCCCCGGAGGUGGAUGGCUCAUUCUGCUGUGGUGGCGGAGCAGCGCUAGCUGCAACCGCCGCUGGGGCAGAUGGCCUACCUGCCGACUCAAUGCUUGUGGGUCGGACAGCCGCCGGAAACCGUUGUGUCAAUUCCCGCUAA